GCCCCCCCUUCCUAUUUCAAUGUAAGAUGGUGGUUAGGAGGCACUACCGCUCUACAAAGAGGCUAUAAGAAACAAGGCUUGGUGUUUUCGCAUCAAAUCACACAGGAGCAGGGACAAACCACCCGGGAAAUUAUAUUGUGACCUGUUGUGCUAGACCUGGGCCGUUCAGAUAGAUUUUAUUUGCUGUGAAGCUGUCUGUACAGAUAGACAGGCUCUGCAUCUAAACUGUGAGAACACCCCACUCUUUUCUCCGCGCCGUGCCAUAGGAUGUCCCGCAGCCCUGAGGUGAAGGAGGACCCCAUGGAGUGCCCACUGUGCAUGGAACCAUUGGAAAUUGACGACGUCAACUUUUUCCCUUGCACCUGCGGCUAUCAGAUCUGCCGCUUCUGCUGGCAUCGCAUACGCACAGAUGAGAACGGCCUCUGCCCGGCCUGCAGAAAGCCCUAUCCAGAAGACCCUGCAGUCUACAAACCUCUCUCUCAAGAGGAACUUCAGAGGAUAAAGAAUGAGAAGAAGCAGAAGCAGAAUGAGCGGAAGCAGAAGAUCACAGAGAACCGCAAGCACCUCUCCAGUGUGCGAGUCGUCCAGAGAAACCUGGUGUUUGUGGUGGGCCUUUCACAACGACUCGCCGAUCCCGAGGUCUUAAAAAGGCCGGAGUACUUCGGGAAGUUUGGGAAGAUCCAUAAGGUGGUCAUCAAUAACAGCACUUCUUAUGCUGGCUCACAGGGUCCUAGUGCCAGUGCCUACGUCACUUACAUUCGAUCAGAAGAUGCCCUCAGAGCUAUACAAUGUGUUAACAAUGUUGUAGUAGACGGCAGAACACUUAAGGCUUCUUUAGGUACAACAAAAUACUGCAGUUAUUUUCUAAAAAGCAUGCAGUGCCCCAAACCAGACUGUAUGUAUCUUCACGAGCUGGGAGACGAAGCUGCUAGUUUCACGAAAGAAGAAAUGCAGGCAGGGAAACAUCAGGAAUAUGAACAGAAACUCUUACAGGAGCUCUACAAAACAAACCCUAACUUCCUGCAGAGCUCAACAGGGGAGAAGACAAAGGGCAAAUCAGGCACAUCACAGAGUUCCAACAGUAACAACAAAGAAGCUUGGCCUUCGUUACAAACCACAGGAAAGAUGCCCAAUGGGCUUCCAGAACACCAUAAGACCCCACCCCUAGAUGGUGGCUCCGACUCUGAAAACAUGACUCCAGACGGUCUGGACACAGAGCUCGGCCUUGGCUCCAUCACUGGCCUGCCUCCCUUCACAUCAAACUGUGACUCUGUCAGCCCAAAUAACAAACCUUCAGAUUCCAUUGGUAUAAGUAACGGAGAAACAUCACAACUAAUUUCCGGCCAUGACUCUCCAUCACCGCCUCCUGGCCUGUCCAAGCCAUCUCUAGUGGUGCCUAUCUGUGUAGCAGGGCUGACAGUACGGUCGCCUUUCGAAGGAGCAGCAGCCGAGUCACAAUCGCUCUUUUCAGACAACAGCAACUUCCGACACCCCAAUCCCAUCCCCAGCGGCGUGUCCGGCUUUUCCAGUUCCCUUCACAGCAACUCCGAUUGGCCCACUGCCCCAGAACCACAGAGCCUUUUCACGUCAGAUACCAUACCAGUGUCGUCCUCUACAGACUGGCAAGCGGCCUUCGGUUUUGGUUCUUCGGCCAAGCAACAGGAUGACGACCUCGGCUUUGACCCAUUUGACGUCACCAGUAAGGCACUGGCUGACCUUAUAGAGAAAGAGCUCUCAGUUCAAGACAAAGCCUCCUUACCCAUGACCGGCACAAUAUCAGCGCCAAUCUUCCCUCACGGGCCUUUACUCGGCCCGCUCCACAACGCCCCUUCCAUGAAAGGCCCACUUCAGCCCCCCACAUCCUCACACUUCGCCCCAAACUCCAGCUUGCCCUCACGGGGCUUCUCCCAGCUCCCACACCGCACUGUCUACAACUCCUUCAGCUUUCCCGGCCAGACGCAGACCUCUCGCCACAGUUGGAUGGGCAUGCCCAUGCGCAAUAACCUCCCUCACUUGAAUCACACCAGAGUCCUUUCUUCUGCUGCACAGCACAGCAGCUUUUUGGACUUGAACUUGGUGCCACAACAGCAACAUCACCACAGUACGGUGCUCGGGGGUAUUCAUAUGACAGAAAACAGCACCUCAGUAGAAAGUCUAAAUGUCAAGGAGUGGCAGGAUGGGCUCAGAGCACUUUUACCCAACAUCAACAUCAACUUUGGUGGACUGCCCAGCUCCUCCUCAUCUUCGUCUUCAUCCUCCUCCUCCUCAUCCAGCGUGAACCACACAGGCGGCAUCUCACACAGCCUUAGCUGGGACGGCGGCAUCUCACACAGCCUUAGCUGGGACGGCACAGCCAGCUGGAUGGACCCUGCCAUCAUCACAGGUAUCCCAGCAUCCUCAGGCAACAGUCUGGACUCUCUGCAGGAUGACAAUCCUCCCCACUGGCUCAAUUCCUUGCAGGCACUCACAGAGAUGGAUGUCCCUACUGGCUCCACAGUGCCCCCUCAGCCCCCACACAGUGGCCCCUUCGCAGCCCAGUUCCCCCACAGAGCCGGCUGGACCCCUUAUCCAACCACAGCCACGGCCAACCCCGCCACCCAGUUCCACUCACCUCCCCCAGGCUUCCAGACCGCCUUCAGAGCCUCAGCGCAGGCCUCCACAGAUCUGCUACAGAGUGCCGGCAUGGACCGCCAUUAGGAACUGUGAAAUCCUAUUCCCCUUAUCCGAAGAACAGCAGACAAAUCAGUACAAAGCUAUUAACAAAAUAACAAGAUUAUGUAUUGUUUUCUCUCUUCAUCUUGCGCUCAUUUUUAUCCCGGAUUUGUGUUUCCCUUGGUUUAGUCUUUCUUUUUCUUUGUUGCCCAACUGCUCUGUUCCAGCUUUCCCAAUUCAAACGGUCAUAUAAAUAAGCCAGUUCUUGCAGAAAACAGGUAUGAGGCCUAAACAAGCUCCCUAGUAAUAUUAACGUCACUACAUAAUUUUUGGAACACUACAUACCAGUACGCAUCAUCAAUGAUGUGCGUUCCUGAAAUUCCAUUGGAACCAAAUGGAAAGCAUCAAAUGAAAAGUGUCUUGAUUUAGAAACAAGAGUCUGCCUUCAAAGCUAAACCAAAAAGAACAGCACCUGUUCAUCCAUCUGCACAACAGAGGAGCUACUUCCUGUGAGAGUCCUUAAAGCCAUGCAGCUAAGCAAUCAAGUAGAUGUCCAAAAUCAAAACAGGGCUUCAGUUCUUGUUUAAUCAAAAGGGUACUUGGCUUCCAUUUUUCUGACUGAUCAAAGGCAUAAUGAUGGCGAAGCAAAAAGCACUUUUACCGAGGAUCUUUGGCCUUUAACUUUGUUCUACCUUUUUUGUUAAAAGGGAGAUGCAUUUUUAGGGGUCAAAAACGUGGUGCCCGUUCUCGAUGUGGCAUUUAGCUGUAGAUGGAUGCAGGCCUUUGCCUUUGACCCUUCUGCCAAAUUGUCUGGUUGGUUGGGGGGGUCUUCCGCUUUCGAUCGCAACACCGCAGUUAACCUCUGUAUCAGAGGGCGGCAAGUUGCGAAAUUAAGAGGAAUCGAGGGCUGGGUACCACCGACCCCUUUCAAGCGCAGGGCUCGUGUAGCACAAGGGGCGCCACCGUGUGGCGUCUCUCAUAGCUGCCUCGGCGUACGUGGCCUAAUCAGUGUUUACGCUCUGACUAUGCUCCCUGAAGAAACUUGAAGGUGUGUGAGGUGUACAGAGUUUUAGGAACUAGAUCUAGAGUUGGAGUGCGGUGACGUGUGAAUGUGUGGCGUGAAACUUGGUGGGUGCGUGAAGAAACUAAUCAGGGUUAAAGGGCUUUUCGAAUGAUUCUGGCGGAGGGAAAUUCAUGAGGAUGUGAUCAUAACGUUUGUGUCUGUAGCGGUUACUUUGCACGUGGUUUUUUUUUUUUUUCACAAAAGGGAAAGCUGGGAUAGCGGCACUACUGGGCAACUGAUGUUUUGGCAAUACACAGGGGGCUCGUCCGGGACGGUUAACACUGUUCAUCACUCCUACUCGCCCCCAUCUCAGUUUUCUUUUAACGGUCUUAAUCCUGUAUCAGCUGUGUAGGUUCCUGCUGAGAGUUCGGUAUUCAACAGUAUUCAAGAGGAAUUAAUAAAUUAAAUUUCGACGACAACGACGAAGCCAGUACUGUUUAACUUGGGUUUUUCACAGUGCUAAAAUGUAAGAAAAAUGAAGAGCUGAAGGAAAUUGUACCUCUCUAAAGGCCUGGAGGAAAAUAAAAACUAAAUCUUAAAUAAAAGACGAAAUGUCAUGCUUGA